UAAUACACUGCUGCAGACUGUCAGCACACCCCUCUUGAGAAGUUGUUGGUUGCUUUGGUUGUUAAGGAAGUCCAUUAAGUUUGCCUCUUCAGCGAACUGGAGGUAACGGAUGUAAUCAGUUGAGUACCAUGGGACUUGUUUACAUCUAAAACCAAGUUUGCCAAUAGGAUGAGUGAGCAUGGAGACAGCAUCGUCCCGUUUAACCCCGCAGAACUCAGGUCAGGAGAACCAGCUUGUAAAACAGAUAUUAAUGUACUGCGUGUAGACCUGAGGAAAGAGAAGAGUAACAAGGAGGAGCUCAAAGACAUCAAGAAGCCAUAUGAUGGGACCAAACUGCUUCAGGAUGAGCCUAACAAGGACGCCAAGCUUAGUCCAUAUCAGCCUCGACCUCCCUCUCUUCCGAAGCCCGUGGGAUUGGGCAUGGAGGGUAAAAACAUCUCAUUUGAUGAGAAGCUGAGGGGGAGAAGAUUGAGGAACAGCCAGGAGAGUCUCACAGACCCGGGUGAGACGGGCUCUUCGACCGAUUCACUUAAAGACGCCGCCGCAGUGAAUGGCCAGGGCCUUGCAUCCGGAGGUCCUCUCGAUCUCCCACCCAUGGAGACACCACCGUUCAUGAUAAGUACCGGGAGCUUCUCAGAGAAUGACGAGUCCCCCCGUGAGGAUUUUGAUCCGAAUAAAGAGCGAAUGAAACCGUCCAGAAUUCUUCUGUCCCCACUGCAGCUCACCGGCACAUAUCCUCCUCUGGAAAACAGCGCAGCCUCCGCGUCCUUAAGGACAACUAAUCGGAUUGACAGGGAUUGUUUGGAUUACAGUGUGGUGGGGAGAAGGGGGCGGUCGGAGAGGCUUCAGAGGAAUCUGAGCGAUAGCGGGCUGUUGGACACCAUGGUGUCGGACAAUGCCUCUGUCCAUUCCAUGAAGUCCACCUAUAGUGUUCUGAACCCCAUCAGACCCCGGGAUGUGAGGAACAGGAGCUUUCUGGAGGGCAGUGUUUUGGGUAGCGGUGCAUUGUUGGGGGCAGAAGAGCUAGACCGCUAUUUCCCAGAGAGACGACUCGGUAUCUACGUCGCCACAUGGAACAUGCAGGGAGAGAAGGGGCUCCCAUACAACCUAGAUGAUCUUCUGCUCCCAACCGACACAGACUUCGCACAGGACGUCUACGUUAUAGGAGUUCAGGAAGGUUGUCCAGAUAGGAGGGAGUGGGAGAUCCGCUUGCAGGAAACUCUUGGGCCGUAUUACGUGAUGCUGUACGCAGCAGCCCAUGGAGUUCUCUAUCUCACUAUAUUUGUCAGGAGAGAUCUCAUAUGGUUUUGUUCAGAAGUGGAACAUGCUACUGUCACAACCCGAAUUAUAUCUCAGAUUAAGACUAAAGGAGCUGUGGGUAUCGGCUUCACUUUUUUUGGGACAUCCUUCCUCUUUAUUACAUCCCAUUUCACGUUCUUUGUGUUUGUUUCAGCUGGAGAUUCUAAAGUAUAUGAGAGGAUCUUAGACUAUAACAAGAUAAUAGAAGCGCUGGCUCUUCCUAGAAAUCUUCCUGAUACCAACCCUUACCGCUCCACCACCUGUGAUGUCACAACCCGUUUUGAUGAAGUCUUCUGGUUUGGAGAUUUUAACUUCCGCCUAAAUAAAGCCAGAGGAGAGGUGGAGGCCAUUUUGAAUCAGGGUGUAGGCGCAGAUAUGAGCCCGCUAUUACAACAUGACCAGCUGUUGAAAGAAAUAAAGGAAGGUUCCAUUUUUAAAGGGUUUCAGGAAGCAUCUAUUCACUUUCCUCCUACUUACAAGUAUGACAUUGGUUGUGACGUCUAUGACACCACCACAAAGCAGAGAACGCCCUCAUAUACCGAUCGGAUUCUUUAUCGAAACCGACAAGUAGAUGACAUUAAAGUGAUCAAGUAUACGUCUUGCUCGUCCAUUAAGACAUCAGAUCACCGGCCAGUCAUUGGCAUGUUUCAGGUCAAACUUCGUCCGGGUAGAGACAACAUUCCCUUGGGUGCUGGCCAGUUCGACAGGAGCCUGUACUUAGAAGGAAUCCGAAGGAGAAUCACACGGGAGUUGAAGAAGAGAGAGGCAGCCAUGAAAAACCAGAAUAACAGUACAGUUUGCACCAUAUCCUGAUCUACCGAUGUGCGAGAGGGUGCUAAAACUGAUCAUUUCAAACACCGAGCUACUGACUUGGAAAGCUGGACUUUCAGGACCAAAGGAUAACUCGGUACUACAGAUGUCAUGGCACUGAAGUGCACAGUCCAGGGACCAAAAGACUGCUGCUGGAUGUUUAGCAGCUAGUGUUGAAACUGUAAAAUAUGACUUUUUAAAUCUAUAAAUUAUACUGACCAGAGUAAAUUAACUGUACUGUACAUCCAUUAUUCCUAAUUAGUUUUUUUGUAUUGUUUCAUAUUCUGCUAUUUAACUUGCAAGCCGUAACAGUCUGUUCUAUGUAUGGUUUCAACUGAUAGUGUUUCAAGGCCUUGUUAAACCAUUAGCUCAACUUCUAAUCUUUAACUGAUAAUGUAAACACCUCAUACCAGUACCGGGUAGCUGAUCCUCCUGGUUUCAGUGGCUUCUGGGUCUCUCUUUUACACAGUUUCUUAACAAUGUGCUAACAGUGGUACUGCUUUUAAAAAGGAAACUGUACUGUAGCAUCAUUACCAGCAAAAUGAGGGAAUAUUGGUGUUAGCAGCUGUUUAUUUAUUGAUUGAUUGUCAUCGAUAGGUGAACGUGGUGUGUCAUGUAGAGAAGUUGACCUUUGGUUAAAAUGUGUGCAAAAUCUAAGUGAGGAGGCACAGACUAUACUUGAGUUUACUGCCUUAACUGUUAAC